GACUGCUGUCUUUAAUCAAUCUCUUCAUUUUCAGAAUGCGUUACGUUGCUGCUUACUGUCUUGCUGCCCUUGGAGGCAAAACUGCCUCAGCCAAGGAUAUUGAGAAGAUCCUCGACUCAGUAGGUGUUGAUUGUGAUGCUGAUGAGGCCAAGAAAGUAGUAUCUGAACUUGAAGGGAAGGACCUCAAAGCUGUAAUUGCUGAAGGUAUGGUGAAACUUGGAUCCAUGC